GCCAUUUUUAUUCAGUGCGCUCUAAUUGGAAUAAAUCGUUGCUAGGAUACUCAAAUACAAAAUGGCCGACUCGAGUGAAAAACCAGAUGAGAUAAAAGAAGGUGAAAAGCAGUCUGCUCCUUCCGUUGAAGACUCAAAGAAACAGGAUAAAGACGAAAGCAAACAAGAUAAAGAUCCUCCUAUGGAAGAAAAACCAGAAGAAGGAGAGAAAAAAGAGGUGGAUGUGAAACCAGAGACGAAAGAAGAACCUGAAGCAAAGCCCGAGGUAAAGCCAUUACCACCUCAAGAAGACAAACAGGAAGAGCCUUCAAAAGCUAAAGAAGAAGUAGGAGAAGAGGAAGAGGAGGAGGAGAUAAAUUAUGAAUACAACGAGAUGUACUCUAAGCCUAUUGUGUCAAAGCUACCACCAGACACCCUCCAAUUCAUUCAGAGUUAUGGGUACGACUGUCAGAAGCGUAGUAACCUGUUAGCCAUUGAUACCGAUACCCUCCUCUACACUGCUGGGAAUUACCUGGUCUUUAUUAGCAUAUCAACCGGUGGACAUACCUACCUUAGGAGUCUUGGAGGAAAAAGCAUAGGAGCCAUCACUGUGAGUCCAUCCAGUGAGUACAUAGCUGUUGGUGAGAAAGGAGUCAAUCCUUACAUAGCAAUAUACGAGUAUCCUAGUCUGAGACUAUACAGAAUACUGAGGGAAGGGACGGAGCAGCUGUACUCUCAUUUGGAUUUCAAUCCAGAUGGGUCCCUCUUAGCUAGCAUUGGUGGUAAUCCUGACUAUAUGUUAACAGUUUGGGACUGGAGAAAGGAGAGUAUAGUGUUGAGGAGCAAAGCUUUCUCUCAGGAUAUCUAUCGGGUUUCUUUCUCUCCCGAGCUCCCCGGACAGCUCACCACUUCCGGUACUGGUCAUAUUAGAUUCUGGAAGAUGGCGACCACUUUCACUGGCCUGAAGCUUCAGGGAUAUUUAGGGAAAUUUGGACGAACUGAGCUCUCUGAUAUAUCAGCUUAUGUUGAGUUACCUGAUGGUAAAGUAUUAUCAGGGACUGAAUGGGGGAACCUCUUACUCUGGGAUGGAGGAUUCAUUAAAGUUGAAUUAGCAAAGAAAGGAAAGAAACUCUGUCACAAUGGUAAUGUAGAGGCACUGUUCCUUGAUGAGGGAGAGCUUAUAUCAGCAGGAGUGGAUGGAUAUAUUAGGAUUUGGGACUUUGAGAUAAUUGAUGGUGCUGACAUCACUGAAGAGAGCACUGUGUUUGAGAUGGAGCCAUUGACUGAAAUAAAAGUUGGAUCAGACGUUAGCAUUAAAUCAUUAACAAGAUCAACAGAUCCCAACACACCUACAAUAUGGUAUGCACAGGAUGCUAAAGGAAGCAUUUGGAAACUGGACAUUGUUGUAUCACACACACGUAAAGUCCCCGAGAAGUUAUUCCGGUAUCAUUCCGGUCAAAUAAAAUCAAUAGACACUUCACCAGUCACUCACUAUGCUGCCAGCAUUGCUGAAGAUGGUAGUGUUCGUGUUUAUGAUCUUGAGUCUAAUAAGUUAUUGUGUCAUUCAAAGUACACCUCAGGAGGUAAUUCAUUGAUAUGGGCUCCACUAUCAGUUGAUCCUAAUGGACUAACACUGAUCACUGGUCACUCUGAUGGGGUAUUGAGAGUAUUAUCAAUAAAUGAAUUGAGUACAAUAUCCUCAACCUCUCGUGUUGGAGCUGGUCCUGGUACUCCAGUAGGUGACCUCUCGCUGGCUCAUGCUUGCAAGCCUCACACUAAAGACAUUAACUCAAUAUCUGUGAACCCUAGUGGAACAAUACUGGCUACUGGAUCUGCUGAUGGCACUGUGUUUUUCUUAAAUCUCAAAGACAAUUAUUCUCCCAUUGGUUAUGUCACAGCACCAGCUCCAGUGAAGCACAUAGAAUGGAAUAAAAGAAAAGAAGGAGAAGAAGAAGGGACUACUCCAGCUAGUCUCCUAGUCUGUUGCAGUGAAGGCUCAAUGGCAUUAGUCACUCUACCUCCAUCAUUAUUGGAUAUUGAUACAACCCAUAGCUAUCACUUGAGCUCAGUUAAAGUUGUCUCUAGAAGCUUUGUGUCCAUUAAGGACAGACUUAAGAGAGAGGAAGCAGAGGCUAAGAAGCUAGCAGAGAAAGAGAGGAGAAGGAAGGAGAGACAAGCUCAGAGAGAAGCCAGAAAGGAACGUUUGAGACAAGAGCUAGGGGACCAGUACGAGUCAGAAGAGGAGGAGGAGGAAGAAGAGGAGGAAGGAGAAGAAGAAGAGGAAGAAGGAGAAGAAGGAGGGGGAGGAGAAGGAGAAGAGAAGGAGGAUAAACCAACUGGUCCUAGUCCUUUACUGACAGUAUUCACUGAUCAUAGUGAUGACUCUUAUUACUGGAUAUCAAUGGGUGGAUAUGAUUGUGGCUAUUUGUACCAGUGUACUUUAAAAGGAGCUAAUGAUACUAACAGUCCUUAUGAGCCACCUCACUCUGUACCCAUACCAUCAAUAACUGCUGGAGAUAUACCACUACACUCCAUUAAGUUUAAUUCCAAUGGUCAGUAUUUACUAACAGGGUCUGAUAAUGGAUCAGUAGAGAUACACAAACUAACUGAUCCUUACUCUCUCUCUGGUCUGAAAGAGGAAGGUCACGGGACGUGGUCACUAGGCACUCAUGACAAUCACUACGGCCAAGUCUCCUGUAUGUCAUUAACAUAUGAUGAUCAGUACCUACUCACUGGUGGAGGGGAUGGGAAUGUCUUUGUGUAUAAAACUAAUUUCUCUACCAGCAGACCAGCCUCUCACGUUGCCAAAGUUGCUGGUAGUGACGCCCAGACUAUCAAGAGAAGGAUUGCUAUUACUGAUGAUAUUGAGGAUUCCUCUCAUUACAGCAUUGAGGAUGCUAAACAAAAAGCUGAGCAAGACAGGAAAUUAAAAGCGGCUGAAGCAAAGAAACAAAAAGUUCGUAGGGAUAUCAUGCUGCUGCGUAGGACAUUCACUGAGUUACAGCAACGGUCUCAGCACCUGCCAAAACACUUGAGGCUCAAACAAGAGGAGUUUAUGAUGGAUCCAUCAAUAUCAGAACAACUCCAGAAACAACUAGCAGAUAAAUUGGAUUUAGUAAGGAGAGAGAUGGCUUGGGAGUCUGAGAAGCAUUCUGUGGCUUUAAAGAAACUCCAGAAAAAAUACAAAGAUACAGUUGAGUGUGAGCGUACAGUAGUAUGGACAGUAAGAGGAGGGUAUUGGGUGAGCACGUUCCGUUGUGCUGCCCCUUCCUCUCAAUACCUUGAGCUCCUGGAGAAGAUACUCAGCUCUGAUCAAGCGGCUGCCAAUACUCCCUCCACUGCUGGUACAGGACCUAGUGGAAGAGUACCAAUGAGACGUAAAACCCGAGGACAAGAUACCCUCGCCCUUGAAACACUCAAGGGAAAAGGAAGUAUUGUGGAGUCGGUGGAUCUUAGUAAGAGUGAGAUUAGGAGACAAAAGAAGGAGAAGAGAAGGAGGGAGUGGGAGGAGUUUAAUCAAACGAAGCCAGGGGCUGGUUACGAGGACCCUGAAGAGGUUUCGGCUAUUAGUAAAGCAAAGUCAGAAAUGGGCGAUUAUAAGCUUAAGACAUCGAGCGAUUACGUUGUGUCCGAUCAACAAAGAAUGUCCACUGAGAAGAAGAGAAGGGAACUACUGAUAUGCAGAAACAAUAUUUUUGAUGCUAAACGAAAAUACAAUGAUAAACUGAUGGCCCUCAGAGACUAUAAGAUUGAAAUGAUUAAAAAGAUUACAUUGCUAGUUAAUGAACUGAAAAGUGCUCAACGUCAUUUGCCUCCCUCUCUUCGUAAACCUCUCCCAUCCAUUCCAACACUUAAACCUGAAGAAGUCCCUGAAAGGGAGUUGGAGUAUACGAAAGAGACUUUGAUAAAGUUUCGAGAUGAUAAGGAGAAGAGAGAGAAAGCUGAGAAGGAUGCAGCUGCUGGUGUGGGUGAAGGGUUUGGUGGAUUCGGAGGAUUUGGUGGAGGAGGAGGAGAAGAUAAAAAGACUGAAGAGAAAGAUUCAUCUCCCAGUUCUGGUACUAGCAGCAGUCACAGCAUUGGAACAAAAGGAGGAGGAGAGGGAGAGGAGGGCAAAGGAAAAGACGAUGACUACCAGUUGUCUGAUCUUGAAGCCCUAAUGUCCAGUGAAGAGGAAGUGCUCAAGAUUUACAGGCAGGACUCAUUGCUGGCUGAUAUUGAGGAACUAGUGAAGUCUUUUGAUGACACUGUGGUCCACCUGAGGCAUGAGAAAUCACUCCUUGAUGUAGUGAUGAAACUAACUGAACUGAAGCAUUUGACUCAGUUUGAGGAGCUAGAGCUUUUGAAAGAGUUUGAGAAAAGAGAGACAAACUUUACAACGAAAUACAGGACAAAGAAGAAGGAGAGGGGAGACCUAGAAGUGAAGAUUGAAGAGAUUGAGUGGGAGGUUCAAGAGAAAGAGAAGUUGGUCUCAGUGCUACAGGAGCAGGAGAAAGCUCUUGAUCACGAGUUUAUGGAGGCCAUGGGAGAGAAUAACAAAUUCAAGGACUUCCUAUUGAAGGUUUAUCGGAAGAAAAUCAAACGUGCUAAGCAGAAACAAGGAGAAACAGAGGAUUCUGACGAUGAAGACAAAGAUGAAGAUGACGAAAGCGACAGCGAUGACAUGUCAUCCACCGAUGAAGAAUCAGAUGAAGAGGGUCUGGAUGACUCAGUGUGUCCGCCAGGCUGCGAUCAAACUGUGUUUGAUAAAGCCAUCGCCAUGAGAGAGAAGAGGCUAGACCUCGAGGACUCCAUCACCGAAGAGAAGAAGACGCUUGAAGGACUCAAGAAAGAAAGAGACGGUUUACUCAAGAAGGCAAAGUCGAUGGAAAGUCACGUGAAGACAGCCUUGCAGGAUCUUCAGGCGUUUCAGCUCAAGAAGCAGCAGAGGAUGAAUGAGUUGGAUAGUGUUGUGUUGUUAAAGUUGCAUCAGAUACUCCACUACCAGGCUCAGGGGGAACCACCCACGUCUGUCGGUCAGUGUCUGGUGUUCCCGGCCUCAGCUCGGGAGAAUCUGGCUCAGCGUAUUGGGGAACUGGUACAGGAGAAGCAGCACGAGAAGAAGAGAUACAGGGAAUUAAGAUUGCAGCAUGUAAAAAUGACUAGAGAUAGGAAGUCACAUGAAAAGAAAGUUGCAGAGCUAAAUGAGAAAGCUAAUGAGAUGAUGAUGCUCAAGUUUGGACGUGUUGUUAAUCUUGAUGCCCUGGAGGGACUCACCACUAACAAAAUGAUUGGAGAACUGGAGCAAACACUAAAAGAAGCAGAAAUGAAAUAUGAACGAGCUAAACACAAAUUAGAGACUAAAAUCAAUGAUAUCAAGUAUGAGCUAUUGAGUGAGGUCCAACAGAACACACAGAAACUUGAUGAACUCAACGAGUUCUCAAAUCAAAGCAGGCACCUAGAAGAGAGUCUCAACCAAACACAAAAGAACUGGGGGGAUGAUAUCUCUGGAGGGAGUCUGUUUGAGCCAGAAGAGAAAGCAAAGCUUGUUGAUAUUGUUAGCAUUCAGAGUCGUGAGAUAGAGGCACUGAGAGAAGAAAUAAGAGUAUUAUCACUUAAAGGAGGUCACAUCCUACCACCAGCUCAACCACCAAACAUGCUAGCUGGAUCAUUAUAAACUUAAGAACUACUACAUGUAUAUGUAAAUGGUUAUACAUGCAUCAUUAUAAGGCAUUACAUGUACUGUAAAAUUGUCCUUUAUUUUGAACUUAUUUUAAAAUGCAAGGUGUCCUCUUGUGACCACAUCCUCA